GUGAUGCCUAUUCAGUGAUCGACCAGGAACAGUUGUCAGCAGGCUUCUGUGAAAAGUAAAUCAAGUAAUUUUCUUGUACAGCCAUUCUAGACAUUAGCUUUUUAUUUUAAGAUGGGAAGCUGCGCGCUGCUCGCCCUCUUGGUCGCGCUCAUGGCGCACCAGCGCACGACCACGGACGCCUUGUCGUGCCUCGCGAACGGCUGCGCGCUGGUCGACUGCGACGCCAGCGUCACCGCGGCGAACUGCGUCGACGGAGAGUUCCGGGAGAACGGCUCGGCCUGCUACUGCUGCGACAUCUGCAUCCCCUACGUGGGCGCGGGCAGCAGGUGCGUGGUGGAGCAGGCCGGGGCCGGUGUGCCGCCGGCGACCCUGUGUCGGCCGCCGCUGCAGUGCCGGAGCGGGCGGUGCAGGAAGCAGCGGGGGUCGGCCGAGUGAGGCGUCCAUUGGCCGGGCUUCCGCGGAUCCCACCGCGUCACGUGCAGCUUAAUAAUAAUAAUCGACAAGAUAACCUGAGCAGUCAAGGCCAGCUGCUCGGCUAAAUAUUAAAUCACCCCCCUCUCCCACCCUCCUUUUCCAAAACCAAAAAUGGCUGGACAACACGCGAGAUUAACGUUAAAAAAACAAAUUAAUUUCCCUCGAAAUUAAAUUUAAUUUAAUUCUGGACAUUUGUAGUCACGAAUUUUCGCAGCGAAUUAUUCAAAGUCAGUUUAUUUCACAAUCCCCCCGUCAAAACUUGUUGUUUGUAGGCGCAAAAACAGGAGGUUAUGGGGCCGCAUUCAGCGGCCUGGGACUCCUCGCGGAGCCGAGAAGCCUAAGACGUCCAUCAAGUUCUGUCCCUGCCCGAACACGCCCGAACAUUCACCUUCGGCCAACCUCGGGAUUUGUUUUAUUUUUGCGCAGGAAAAAUGAAUUCAAAUAUUAAAAGUGGUCGGUUAGGUUAGCUACAUUAAAACACUUUAAAACACUAUGGACGGUUAGAUAGGUUAGUAUAGAUACAUUAAAAUAAACAGAAAAAUGUACAUAUAUAAAUAAACCCGAGGUUGGCCGAAGGUGAAUAUUCGGGCGUGUUCGGACAGGGACAGAACUUGAUGUACAUCUUAAGGCUUCCCCGCGGAGCCUCGGGGUUCGAUGCCGAGUUCGGGUGCUCGGCCCCCUGGGUUCGCUACUGGCGAUGAUGAUGUCCUUGUUGGUCAGUCGGCAACGGCUGCUUGCGGUCACUUCGUCAAGCAACUGAGCUGAGCCUGGAGCGCGACCAUCAGGCGCCGCUGUUCUGCACUUCCAGUUGACGUGUUUGUCCAGCGCUUUUUUUUUUCUUUCAAAAUGUGCAUCUCAAUGUGAAAAGGAAAGUUUAAAUAUUAUUAGCAUGCAUUUAAAAGUGCUUGUCACCACAAAUUUCAAUUCAUGAUUUCGCACUAGACAAAAAAAAUAAUCUUUUAAAUAUUUCAUUGCCACCUAUUAUUAAGCGAUUCCGCAGGAAUUUUUUAUCGUAAGCAUUUAUAAAACUGACCCGAAGAGAGUUUAUCGGGGAAGAGUAUUAACGUUCCUCAACGAAAAUAAAGCAAAGCCAUCGUCGAGAUUUAAGUUCCCAGGGUGGCUCGAAAUUUCGUUCGAAAGAGUUAUUUUUGUUAUUUUUUUUUCUAAUUUUCCUGGGUCUUGUCACGCUGUCCAACUGUAUUUGCCAAUGGAGUCGGAGUUACUGGGAGGGUCCGAUGCACGAGAUGCGCGAAUGGCAACAAAAUGUUGACACCACUUUAAGUGUUCGGAGGGUUUGUGAAGACUAACUUACAGGGCACUUAAUUUUUCAAAUUUCCUACUAGCUGGCAAUGCCUACAAAUACUGUCUACCUUGUAUGUCCGACAUUUAUUUUACAAAUUGUGUAUUUGACUUUGUUCUUGAGAAUAAAAUUGUUCGAUGUUA